AUGGAUUCCGUUCCAUUCCACGAUGAAGUAAACCUCGAUACAGCAAACUUCAUCCCUUCAAGCGACAAGACCCACCAUAUUUUCUCCUCCCACCUCCAAAAACGCUACACAACGCUCUCCAUCCCCUCUACCUACAGCGGUAGUUGUAACCCGGGAACUGUUGUCGGAAUUGUGCUAGGCACCGUCGGUGGCCUCGUCUUAAUCCUUUACUUGACCUUCCUCGCCUUGAAUCCCGGUGGCCUCGCGCGCGGAGUGGGCUCCUCCACGGUCGAUGAAGAGGUCGUGGUCACCAGUAGACGGGGACCAUCACUGCGCCGACAUGGCGAUACGAUCGAGGUGGUUGAGGAGCGCGACUACAGGGACAGCUAUAGGCGCAGACCUAGUCCGCGGGAUCGAGAUGAUGAUCGGAUUGUCGUUGAGGAGUCCAUGACCGGCACGGCGACCUCCGAUGGGCGAGAUGUGAUUGAAGUACUCGAAGAAGAAUCAUCAGCGAUAUCCUCUGUAUCCACUCGGCCUCCGAGAAGACAAAGAAAUCGAUCGGGAGUGAGGACAAUUGAUCCGCUGGACUAUGGUGGUGAGAGUGAGUAUGGAGGGAGUCGAUAUCGGUGA